AUGGUAAAUAAAAAGUCUGGGCAAAGGAAAAAAGCUGAAAAGCAAAGGGAAAGACAAAAGCAGAUCGGAUUAGGAAGAAUUAAUACGCUAGAACUUCAUGAUCACCCUAGUAACGCAGAUAUGGAAUGCAGAGAUUGUUUGACAAGGCAGAAAAAUAGGUCUUUUUGUUAUUUUUGUAGUUCAUUGCCGAAAAAUAUCAUGUGUGGAGCCUGUGGGAAAAUUAAAUGCAUUCCAGGAAGCUCUGACUGUGUAAUAAAACACCCAGGUGUUAAUGCUACAGGAUUAGGCAUUGUAGGCGCAAUCUGUGAUUUUUGUGAAACUUGAAUAUGCCAUUCCAAGCGCUGCUUACAGUCUCAUGCAUGCUCAUGUCCGCUUAGAGAUGGCGAAAACCCUGUAGUCUGUAUAGAAUGUCAACGCUCUGUCUGGGGCCACGGUGGAAAAAUGUAUCUAUGUCCUACAUGCGAUCAAUGACUCUGUGAAGAUGACCACUUCGAACACCAAGCAAGCUGCCAGCAUCUGGAAACUGAAACUUUUAAAUGUGUUUCAUGCAGCAAAUUUGGCACUUACUGCCCCUCUGUAAACUAGCAAAAAUUGUUUGGUCCCUUAUGAAAGGGAUUAUUUUUAGAAGUUUACUAUAUAUAAUUUAUAUUAAAUUCAUUAAAACACACAUUUUACUCGCUCACAAAUACUGGGUUUUUUUAAAAAAAUAGGAAUUCUUCAACGGCUCACAUAGGGAAAGUUAUAAAAUAUUCAAAUAUAUUUUUUUUUUAGUUUUAAUAAAAUAAAAAAAAAAUUAUUGGCACUUACUCUUGUUUGCGCUGUAAAGUCUCAUAUUGCGACGAUCAUGUAAAAUCCAACGUUUACAAAAAUACAGAAGAAGGCUACCCUUGCAAGAAAUGUGGCUACAGGCUGCGUGACACAAAAGACUUGUCCAUGUCAGUAAAAACUCACGAAUUUGGCCGCCAAGGCUAUGAGGAUGAAGAAUAUUCUGAUGAGGAUUACUAUGAUGAAGAAGAAAAGUCCUAUUAA